UUACAUUUCUCUGUGGAAGAUCCUGGCCCGCCCACUGUCCUCUCGCCUGCUUGUGCACAGUUUGUUGUCAUCAAGAUGGAGUUCUUGUUGGGGAAUCCGUUCAGCACUCCCGUCGGCCAGUGCAUUGAAAAGGCCACUGAUGGGUCCCUGCAGAAUGAGGACUGGACGCUCAACAUGGAGAUCUGUGACAUUAUUAACGAGACAGAGGAAGGGCCCAAAGAUGCCAUCCGUGCCAUCAGGAAGAGACUAAAUGGCAAUAGAAACUUCCGGGAGGUGAUGCUGGCACUGACUGUGCUAGAGACUUGCGUAAAGAACUGUGGCCACCGCUUCCAUGUGUUCGUGGCCACUCGCGACUUCAUCGACGGCAUCCUGGUGAAGAUCAUUUUUCCGAAGAACAACCCUCCCUCUAUAGUGCAGGAUAAAGUGCUGUCACUGAUUCAGGCUUGGGCAGAUGCGUUCAGAAGCAGUCCAGACCUGACUGGAGUUGUUCAAAUUUAUGAAGAGCUAAAGAGAAAAGGUGUUGAGUUCCCCAUGGCAGACCUGGACGCUCUUUCUCCAAUCCACACGCCACAGCGAGGAGUCCCAGAGGUUGAUCCAGCCUCACAUAAGUACAAAGCUUCACCCCAGCCCAAGCCUGCAUCCCAGACACCUCAGAUACCUGCAGCUACUGGCUUGCCUGCUCAGACGCAAAUGCCAAACAUGACCGGGCCCAUCACACCAAAUCCAGAACAGAUUGCCAGGCUGAGGAGUGAGCUGGACAUUGUGCGUGGGAACUGCAAAGUGAUGUCAGAGAUGCUGACAGAGAUGGUGCCAGGGCAAGAAGAGGAAUCUGACCUUGAGCUUCUUCAGGAGCUGAACAGGACGUGUCGGGCUAUGCAGCAGAGGAUAGUGGAGCUCAUCUCUCGUGUCUCCAAUGAAGAGGUCACAGAGGAGCUGCUGCAUGUAAACGAUGACCUAAACAACAUCUUUCUUCGCUACGAAAGGUAUGAGAGAUACCGAUUAGGCCGGAAUACACAGAACAAUGGGCUAAUGAAGGUAUUGAAUGAGGCUUCAGUGGAGGAUAAUCUGAUAGAUCUGGGUCCAGGUUCGCCGGCUGUCGUCACUCCUCGAGCCAGUGCUGCAGCCACUCCAACACCUCCCCCGAGCCUGACUGCUGCUUCUGCCCCGUCACUCUCCACACAGCUUGCAGGACUGAAUUUGGAUUCAGAAAGUGUCACUGGCACCCUGAGUGCGCUCUCUGCUCACAAUCCUCGUGAUGACUUCGACAUGUUCGCCCAGACCAGAGGCAGCUCCCUAGCUGACCAACGCAAAAAUGUGAAAUAUGAAGACCCACAAGCCCUCGGUGGCCUGGCUUCUGCUCUUGAUGUCCGACAACAAAAUGUUACCGGGCCGAGUGUAAAGGGUGAUAACGCAGAAUUGGAGCCCAUAGACAGCUGGCUCAUUACCCAAGGAAUGAUUCCUGUAUCGCAGUCUUCUGUCAUGGAUGACAUUGAGGAGUGGCUCGGUGCUGAUGUGAAAGGUGAUGAGGCUGAGGAAGGAGUAACCAGUGAAGAAUUUGACAAAUUCUUAGAAGAGCGAGCCAAAGCAGCAGACGCUGUGUUACCGUCACCCCCCAAAGGCGAGCCGUCUGUUCCUGCGGGCCCUCCGAGCAACAGCCGUAAGAAAGCUGAGCGGACUGAGGAUAACCUGUUUGCAUUAUAGGUCGCUCAUGAACUAAAAGAAACGCUUCACUCGUCCCCCUCAGCGUUCCUCUGGAUGCCUGCUGCCUUUCCGUGCUGCUCUCUGUCACACAUUUCUUGAUCCAUCAUAAGACUCUUGGUUCAUUUUCCACCUGGAGUAGGGCAGCUUCUGCGAUACAGGUCCAACAUGCUUUUGAGUGUUACUUCAGGGGCAGAGGGACGAUCCAUCCUAAACGAGCAAAUUCCUCAGCAGCAAAUUCAUGCUAUAAGUCUGCUUUGUUGAGAUAUGCCAAGAUUAUAACUUAUUUCUGUAUAUUAACAGAAGCCAUGCGGAAUCUGGCUCGGAAAAGCGUUAUAAUAACUCAGAUUUCCCAUGCAAGUUUGCAUACUAAUCUGUAAUAGGCCAUUUCCUUUCAUUCCUGUGGUCCAGUGUUUUGAUACCACUAAAGAAUUAUCUACUAAAGAGUGACAAAUUAAAGGAAAAACAGACACAAAGUGUCUUAGGUUAGUUGCCACAAUAACUGUCUUGUGUCCUGGCACAGAAUCUGCAAAUUAUCCAUAUGUGUACUCACUGGAUAAACACUAUUCUUGUAGUAUAUAUUCCCUUAAACUGGUAUUCAGCUGUUAAAUGCAUCACAAUCCCAUAGGUGGUCCAUUAGGUUAAAAUCUGUUGACUGAAAAUUGCAGCAUACGAUUUUUAUACUUUUUAUUUUCAUACUCCUGAAACCAUUCUGUACUCUGAGAUACGGCACAGGAUCAUUUAGGGAUGAACUACUCCCAUAAGGAUAGAAAUGUUUUUAAUGAUAAAGGUGAGUCAGCCGGAAUAACCUUGUACUGAUUUGUUGUAACUCUUUCCUUUAAUAACACUGUUCCACCCAGCAAAUUACCCACAAUCCAAAUUGUUGCUAUUUCUACCACCAUGUAAGUGCAGCUAAAACAGUGCUGACAGUCAAACAGAAGUUAUUGAUUUACGCCUUCGGCUGAACUCUCGUCUGCAGGACCAAAUCUUCAGUGAACGUUACAAGUGAUUGCCAGAGUCACUUACAUUUUUGAUUAGUUAUUUAUUCAGCAGAUUUGAGGAGUAUUUUAAAGCAGCUAAUGUUUCAAUUUAGUACUUAAUUUUUAUGCCUUUAAUGCUAAGUCUCUGUCUGUCUGUCCAUCUGAGAACAUCAAUAGAAUAAUAUGUCAGGAAUAAGCGCUUAAUGGUUUAUGGGAUUAAAAUGGGAUUUUUAAUGUCCAGCAAAUAAACUGAUUAGAUAUCGGAAUUAUACCAAACCUGUUUAAGGUCAUUGUAAGGUUAAAUAAAAUUUGCAAUAGCUUCCUGGCUGUUUAAUGUAUAUUAUGAGCAUUUGGGGCACAAAUUUGUAAUGAUAUAAAAAUUAAAAAAGAGAGAGAGAGAGAAAAAUUUUCUAGGGCAACCAUUCAUUUACAACUUUGCUUUAUAUGCUGUCAUGCUUUAAGUGUCUUUGAGUUUAGGUUUGAUGCAUUGUUUUAUGUACUGUUUUGUAUUUAUGCAAGAAAACCUACAGAAAAUCUCCUCUCAUGGUAAAACCUUUUAUUUGUUUUUUUUUUGUUUUUUUUGUUUUGAGUCCAGUUAUAGAAGUGAUGCAUGCACUCUGCCAGAAUAUGAAUAGUCUCUGAUCAUGGAUUUGUUUUUAAGAUGUGGUGAAUUGUGUUGUUUGGUGGAGAUGCAUUAUAAGGGACCAAGCUACUGUAUGUUUACAAAAUAUCUCCAAUAGCAUAACAGAGCCACCAGUUUUUCCUUUAAUUUGUCAAUGUUUUUUGUUUUGUUUUUUGAAGAGGGAAAACCAAAAACAGUCGUGCUUGCAUUUCUUGCUCUGUCAUUAAAACAGUGACCAAAGACA